UAUAUAAAAAAGCAUUACAUAUAUAUACUGAUACACCAUCGUGUAUUUUAGCUCUCCCACUCUAUUUUGUAAUCUCUUUCAUAAUCCCUGUAAACACUGCAAAUUAUAGUGAAUUGUUUCUCGGCUUCCUCCGCCCGUGGUUUUUUUUUCCCGAUUUGGGUUUCCACUUAGCAACUACAAUUGUCAGUUUAUCGUAGAGGAAUCGAGAACUCAGAACCACUGUGAGUUCCAUCUGUGGCAUUCGAUGUAGGUGAAAAGCAGUAGUUCAUCCCAUGCUUCAAACCGGUUGCCAAUCUCAGUCGAUAAUCUCAAACGUUGAAUUUGAUUGACUAUUUUUUGUCUUUUUUUCGUCACUUCCGUCUUCCCCAAAGUCUCCAACACCGGCGACGAAGGCGGUCGGUAUGGAUGACUCAUAAUAUCACCUUGCUUCCCAUGAACGUCAGUAGUCUAUUGAUUUCAAUUUUCGGGGUUUAUGGAUUCAAAUACCCGCUUCAAUUCACGAAUGUUUCAUAGAUGUCGAUGCUUUUUCUGUUUCUUUUGUCAAGAUUGGACGUUUGGUUAGGAGGCGGAAUUGAGUGGUCCGGUACUCUGCUGUGUCGGUUAGGAGUUGCUACUCGAUUUCUCGAAUUUUCGAUGUUUAUAUCCAGGUUUUGUUCCACACAAGUUACCAAUUUACUGUCAAAUUUGUCUCGAAAUUGAGUGUUAUCUCGACUUCUGCCAACCUCUUCCAAUGGGUGUACAUCUUUUAUGUCCAACCACCGACAUAUGAAAUUGAAGAAUAGAGGAGAUCGAUUGAGAGGGAGAUAUUUCAAGUAGACAGUUGAAAAGUUGAAAAGACCUAAGGUUUCUAUGAUUAUAAUAUUUAUAAAAGUUGAAAAGCAUCACAGAAAAUUUUCAAAUGCAUAGGCGGUGGGGAAGACGGCAUGGCAGUUGCACCAAAUGAGUUCAUAGGCAGCAACAUACAAAACGAAAGAAUGGUUUUCUGCUCUUGCACAUGGUAUAAAGUUGCUAACAGCCUAACACUACUUUUUGAGUCAAGUGAAGAAAACGGGUCAGUGAGAGGUAUUGGUUUGAUUCCUGGGGUGGUUGGACGUUUUGAUUCUAUGAUAUUGCAAGCCGACAUGUAUACUUUGUUCAUUCUUAUCGUGCUGUAUCGAUACAAGAAUUUUGAGAGAUUGCAUCGCCGGCUAAAGGGCAUUCCAAACUAUACUUUACAUUUGCCUCCUAAAAGGAUAUUUUCAUCAACUAAUGUUGCAAGCAAUAUGAAGUACUUCUUCAGUAUUUCAUCUAAGAAUUAUUCAUUUGGAAAAUGUUUUUUCUGUAAAGAAAACCUUAGCAGUUAUUUCUCGGUUAAACUCAAGGACCAAAAUGUGAUGGAUAUGGCUUCGUUGACCAUGAACUAAGUAAUGUUGACCCUGAAGUUAGUGCAAUAAUAUACAAUGAAAAGCAACGUUAGCUUAGAAGCUUGGAGCUUACUGCAUCAGGAAACUUCACAUCCAGAGUUGUUAUGGAAGUAGUUGGUUCUUGCCUUACAAACAAAUGCCAAGAAUAUGCUCUUCAUACAAAAUGGAUACUUUAUAAUUUUUUUUUUUUAUAUUUGAUCACAAAAAAAUACCAAAACAGGUGAGGGUAUAACACCAAAUGACCACAUGUAAAACAUAUAUCACACAAUGGCUACCUAUUUUUGCGAAUAUGC